CCAUGGUGACGUAACCGAGAGUUAGGAGAGGGCGCGUUGUCCUGUCUUCACAAAGGCGGGUCUGAGCCUCGGCGGCGGCUCCUUCAGAGGUGACCCACCCCACGGCCUUACUAAGUGGGGAGCGCAUUGCCCGGGUUCUGCCCAUUCCCCGCCGCAGCCCGGCCCCGCCCCGCCCACAGGCUCCAUGGCGGCCGCCGUGCUGAGGGACCCGUGUCAGGGCUGUGUUACCUUUGAAGAUGUGGCCAUUUACUUCUCCCAGGAGGAGUGGGGGCUCCUUGAUGAAGCUCAGAGGAUACUGUACAGCGAUGUGAUGCUAGAGAACUUUACAAUCAUAGCAUCAUUGGGUCAUUGGCAUGAAAUGGAGGAGGAGGAGACAUCUUCUGAGCAGAAUGUUUCUAUAGAAGGAGUAUCACAGACAGGUCCAUCUACCCAGAAGACUCACUCCUGGGAGAUGUGUGUCCCUGUCUUUAAAGACAUUGUGGCUGAGGUUGUAAAGGACUCCCUAGUCCCAUCGGUCCUUCUCCAGCACCUGCCUACUCCCAACAGUAAGAAGACAGACAGCAGCGCCGAGUGUGGAGAGGCUUUUCACAAUGGAAGAAGUCAUUACAAGAGAGGAGAAUGUGGGAAAGCUUCCAGCCAUGAACACACACUUGUUGACCACCAGAACAUCUGUGCUGGAGAGGGGCUUUGUGAGGAUAGCAAAUAUCAGAAAGCCAUUAGCUACAAAUACAGACGUGUUCAGCAGCAGCAAAUUCACAAUGGAAAAAGGCUGUAUGAGUGUGGUGAAUGUGGGAAAUCCUUUACCCAUCACUCCUCCGUUAGUAGACACCAGAGAAUACACACUGGAGAAAGGCCGUAUGAGUGUGGUGAAUGUGGGAAAACGUUUACCCACCACUCCUCCCUUAGUAGACACCAGAGAGUUCACACUGGUGGAAGGACUUAUGAGUGCAGUGAAUGUGGAAAAUCCUUUAUUCGAAGUUGCAGCCUCAUUCAACACCAGAGACUUCACACAGGAGCAAAGCCUUAUAAGUGUGUCGAAUGUGGGAAAACCUUUAGUGAAAACUCCACUCUCAUUCAACACCGCAGAGUUCACACUGGAGAAAGGCCUUAUGAGUGCAGCGAAUGUGGCAAAUUCUUUAGCCGUAGCUCUACUCUCAGUCAACACCGGAGAUCUCAUACUGGAGACAGGCCUUAUAAGUGCAAUGAGUGUGAGAAAUCCUUUCGCCAAAGAUCUGGGCUCAUUCAACACCAGCGAAGUCACAUAGGAGUAAAGCCUUAUGUGUGUGAUGAAUGUGGAAAAUCCUUUAGUCAAAGCUCUGGCCUCAUUCAACACCGAAGAGUCCAUACUGGAGAAAAGCCUUAUGAGUGCAGCAAAUGUGGAAAAUUCUUUAGACAAAGUUCUGCCCUCCGUCAACACCAGACAGUCCACACCGGAGAAAGGCCUUAUGAGUGUGGCGAAUGUGGGAAAUGCUUUAGCCACAAUUCCGGACUUAAUAAACAUUGGAGAAUUCAUGCUGGAGUAAGCCUGUAUAUAUGUGGUGAAUGUGGGAAAUCCUUUAGCCAAAUCUCCACCCUUACUCAACAUGAGAAAUUUCACAGGAGUAAUGCUACAAGUGUGAAUUUGGGGCAUCCUUUAGCCAAAGCUUCCCCCUCAUUUAAUACUGGAGAAUAUACACUGGAAAAAGGCCUCAUGAAUGCAGUGGAUGUGGGAAAUCCUUUAGCCGAAACUCCACCCUUAUUCAACACCAGAGAGUUCACAGGAGCAAGGCCGUAUGAGUGUAGAGAAUAUGGGAAAUCCUUUAGCCAAAGUUUCAACCUACGGCGCCGCGACCACGCUCCGCCCUCAGCCUCCCUGGCGGCCGCCGCGCUGAGGGACCCGGUUCAGCUUCCCAUGGCUGAAGAAGUGCUUACUGAUUCUACACUGGGCUGUGUGACCUUUGAGGAUGUGGCCAUUGUCUUCUCCCAGGAGGAGUGGGGGCUCCUUGAUGAGGCUCAGAAGGUGCUCAUUUCUCUGAUUUCAGGUUGUUGGCAUGGAACGGAGGAGAAGGAGGCAUCUUCUGAACACAGUAUUUCUUUAGAAGGAGUGUCACAGGUCAGGACUCCACAGGCAGAUCCGUCCACCCAGAAGACUCAACCCUGGGAGAUAUGUGUCCCUGCCUUGAAAGACAUUAUGGCUGAGCACAAAGCAACAAACCCUAGGCAGAACCUGUGUUUGGGUGGGGCAUGUGUGAGAGCCUCUUGGCUCAGUACAAAACCUCCCCAACACCAAAAGCAUCACAGUGGAGAGAAACCCUUCAGGAGGGAUGUGGACGGGGCCUUGUUUGUGAAGUGCUGUAGAUUCCAAGAGUCAUGGCAGCACUUCACCCAUGGGGAGGUUGGGAAGGACUCUACUGUCCCCUUAAAUCUUUUCCAAUACGAGGUUAAUCCCAAUGGUGAGAAGCCACUAAGCAGCCUUGAGUAUGGGGAGGCCUUUCACUGUGGAAAGAGUCGUUACAAGUGGGAAGAAUGUGGGAAAGGUUUUAGUCACAAACACACACUUAGUCACCACCAGAGCAUCUGCACUGGAAAGGGGCUUUGUGAGGGUAGCAAAUAUGGAAAAGCAGUCAGCUGCAAGCACGGACUUGUUCAGCAGCAGAAAGUUCACACUGGAGAAAGGCCAUAUGAGUGUGGUGAAUGUGGGAAAUUUUUUAGCCUGAUCUCCAGCCUUAUUAGACAUCAGAGAAUUCAUACUGGGAUAAGACCUUAUGGAUGCAGCGAAUGUGGAAAAUUCUUUGCUCACAACUCAGUUCUCAUAAAACACCAGAGAAUUCACACUGGAGAAAGGCCUUAUAAAUGCAGUGAAUGUGGGAAAUCGUUUAUUCGAAGUUCUGGCCUCAUUCAACAUCAGAGAGGUCACACGGGAGUAAGGCCUUAUGAGUGUGUUCAAUGUGGGCAGUGCUUUAGCCAAAGCUCCACCCUCAUUCAACACCGGAGAGUUCAUACUGGAGAAAAGCCUUACGAGUGUGGUGAAUGUGGCAAAUCCUUUAGCCGUAGCUCCACCCUCAUUCAACACCGGAGAUCUCACACUGGAGAAAGGCCUUAUAAGUGCAGUGAAUGUGAGAAAUCCUUUCGCCAAAGAUCUGGGCUCGUUCAGCACCAAAGGGGUCACGUAGGAGCAAAACCUUAUGAGUGUGAAGAAUGUGGGAAAUUCUUUAGUCAAAGCUCUGGCCUCAUUCAACACCGGAGAGUCCAUACUGGAGAAAGACCUUAUGAGUGCAGCGAAUGUGGAAAGUUCCUUAGCAGUCGCUCUCACCUUAACGUACACAAGAGAAUUCACACCGGAGAAAGGCCUUAUGAGUGCAGUGUAUGUGGGAAAUCCUUUAGCCAAAGCUCCACCCUUAUUCAACACCAGAGAGUUCACAGGAACAAGGCCUUAUGAGUGUGGCAAAUGUGGGGGAAUCCUUUAGCCAAAGCUCCAAGCACCAUUCAAUACUGAAAUUUCACAACAGAGAAAGGCCUCAUGAGAGCGGCAAAUGUGAAAGCACCCAUCCCAAGGCUAAUGUUG